GCAAGUUGCAGUGCAAGCUAGCUAGCUGUCAUGUUUCAAUGGCAGCUAAACUCUUUAAAAACAAACCACGCUUGUUUGCUUUUCUCACUACUAUUUACCUGAGCUGUGAAUUCAGCGUGUCACUUGAUUGCUCGGAUUAUGUGAUUUGUCCAUGGGAUUAAGGAUCUGCCGCGUUUACUCACGGACACCUCCACAUUCCCUUAGGACCUGUGACUUGCUGGUGCUGAUUUGACUCGGAUGAUGAGUGAAGCAGGAGAAUGUGGAGAAGUGCAAACCUGACUAUGCCACAGAAGUAGGAAGCUGGGACUAGGAGUAAAGAUCCAGGAAGUGCAGGCACUGGAAGGAAAUGGAAACACAUUCACUAGUUAUAGAGCAAAGGUAUACUUCAAGACCCGACGUUGACAACUGACUUUCGAAUAGCUGUUGCCAUAACAGAUUAACAAUGAAUUGGAGCGCUAAGCCAGAGAGCGCGUCAUUACCACCACAGUAUUCUAAAAGCCAGCCUUUUCGACAGCAGUCUUCCUUGAACCAGCUUCAGGCGACAUGCCAGAAUUCCGUCCGCUACCCUGGGAAUCCCGAAGCUUGCCUAUACCCCAGUGACCCUUACACAGUGUCUCAGCCUUUACUGGAUAUCAGGAACUAUAAGAUAACGCGUCAAGUCCCUGUGUCUGAUGUGUAUAACAGGACAGUUGUGACUGCACACACUUCAGUAGAAAGAAUGACAUUUGCAAACAUGAAAAGUACCAAGCAGCUGAACCACACUUCGCCACUGUCAUCGGGAAUCGCACCUAGUCCCUGGAUAAACCCUCCCGUACGGACUUCCGUGUCCUCUCACAUGGGGCAGAACACACCCCAGCACUCCAGCGUUGGCUUGGGGGCGCCAAGUGUUGUACACGCACUCCAGGGUCAACGGGUGAUAUCAGACAGCUAUCAAGUGCGAGUGCCAGCUGUCCCUUCAAAUGCUCUGAGAGAGCUUGUCACUUUCCAAGGAACCCAGGGACUUAACCAGUCUUUGCCGGAGCAACAGACUGAUUGGCCGCAGCAGUAUACAUCCAAUGACCUGACCUAUUCGGAUUACAGGCCGCUUCCAAGGCAGUUCAGUUACUCAUCACAAAACUUUUUGCAGGAUUCUGCUCUUCAGAAACACAGCCUCGAGCCAUCCCCAUCGUUACAAGUUCAAAUGUUCCCAAAUCCUUCACUGACAUCACAGCCCAAGCAGGUGGAGGCAACGAAGUCCUAUCACUGUGCUGCUCAGACCAACACCAGACUCCCUCCCCCUCUUCAGCCUCCAGUCCAGCCUGCUUACCCCUGCAGGUACGGAGGUCAGCCUUCGCACAGUGCCCAGCGGGUAAGCAGGCAGUUGGAAGGGCCACAGGGUCAGGAGACACAUCCUUCCAGUAUGCAGAAAGACAUGUGUAGCAGCUUCCAACAGCAGUGGCAAAACACGAGUCAUAAUGACGUAACGAUUGGCAAGUUCUGUAACCUGAAAAUGAACACCGAUGGGAGACAGCCUUACCCUGAGCCAGUUGGACCUAGCGUCCCUGGUGUUCAGGGCCCUGCUCAGAAUGAUCAAGACAAAAGGAUAACUGCUUCCAAUCCAAGUUCAGAUCCAGUGCUGGAUUUGCCCAUGACCAAAGAAAAGCUAGUGAGAGAUAUUAAAACGUUGAUGGAAAUUAAAAAAAAAUUUUCAGAGCUUGCAAGGAAAAUUAAGAUUAAUAAAGACCUUUUGAUGGCAGCAGGUUGCAGCAAGAUAACAAAUGCUUCUUGCAAGGAACCAGGUGAAACUUCGGAAUUGUCUUUAAAAGAAACUGCCAUCAUGCAGCCCAACUUACAGGCUAUGCCGAUCGUUCCUGCAAACACAGAGGGUCAGCCAGCAACAGUGGUUCCCUCUGAGAAAACACUGAAAACUUGGCAGGUGAAUCCCGGCCUUCAGGAGACACUACGGCAGACGUUAGAUCAGCUCAGCCCCGCUCCACUAACUGCUCCCUGUGCAGAAGAGCGGCCAGCGCCGGAACAGGGUCAUGAUUUCAGAGUCAUGACUUCUGUGAAGACAGUACCUCCUGAUGUUACGCAGACAACACUGAAUAAGGGCCAGUUGCCAUCAGACAAUUUUGUUGCAGUUGGACAAAAUACCCUGGCCGUUUCUGAAGCAAUUCCUGUUUCCCAGAGCGUGUCUUAUAAGGCGUUUGUAGUUAAAAAUAAACUGCUUCUCAAUUUACUGACAACGAGUAAUAAGACUGAGAGUACGUUAUUAAAAGAUGCCCCUAAAAUGAUUCCGGAUUCAACAUCAAGCAAUUCUGAAAUGAAUCCCAAUACCCAAGCCGCUGACAACCAGGUAACUUUGAAAACAGUACAAAUUCCAAGUGUUUCCAAUGCAGGUGCUGGGUCCUCAGAGAACUCUGUCUGCCUUGAGCAGCAGCCUUCUGCAGAUGCAAUAUGUGGGCAAAAUAAGUGUCCUGUGGAAUUGUUGGCAACCUGUCUUUCUCUUUGGAAAAAGCAGCCACCAAAAACCAUCGAAGCAAAGCAGUGUCAUGAGUUAGAAACAAAUAGAAAAGGCAUUGGAAUUUCCAAGACUACAGAAGGCUAUGUCAGCUGUUCAGGUGUAGAAAAUCCUCAAAAUAAAGAAAUUGGCUCCUUGCAAGAUCCCGUAGUUUCAGCAGUAAUACCGAAUCAUGAGUCAUCAGGUAUAAAUGUGACAAAGGGACCAGAACUGCAAGUUGCAGUGGUGACGCCAUUAAUUCUUUCAGAUGUCAAAACUUUGUCAGUGAAAGCGGUGACCGCUGACACUUCACCUGAAGCCAUAUAUCCGGUCAUCAAAGAAGGCAGUGUGUGUAGCUUACAGAGUCGCGUGGCCGAAUACCCACAGCCACCCACGGCUUUGAAAGUCUAUCUUGCCAGCCCCGUGGCAAGUACCGUGACAUCAACCAAGGUUGUCCCAGUGACUCCAAAGGAAAAGCAGAACCUGACGGUCCCCAGGGGCUCCCAAGGCACACCAGAUCCUGAGAUGGGAAGGGAUGAGUCGGGAGAUGUGUGCUGCCCUGCCAGUGAUAAGCAGACCUCGCCGCUGUCCACUGAGGAGAGGGCCAUGUUGCAGAUCGACAGCAUUUGCUCCCUUGUCGAAGGUGAUAUUUCUUACAAUUCUCAAAUAGCAAAGAUAUUCAACGGCUCCCCUUUGAGAAAAGCGGAGCCCCAUCAGGAAGAGACUAGUAGCAAACAACGAAAAGAACAAUUAGAACCUAGUGCUGUAGAUGCCGGAUGUGAUGUACAGGAUGUGCUGGUGCAAUGUGCAGGUGGUUCUGCUCCAGAAGCCAAGCCGCCAGAGCCAGUGCAGCCUCUUGGACCUUCCCCUGCUGAGUUCGUGGUACCCAGUGGAGCAGCUCCACAGGAAAGCAGUGGGGAGUGUGCCCAGAAAACAGAAAGCACAGCAUCCGGAAGCACUCAGCAAGAUGUCUGUGGUCAGGAACUCAAUACAGGCAGUAGCUUGUCUGCCCAGGAUCCUCCGAGCAUUGAGCUGGAUGAUGACAAGACAUCUGCCUUGUACCUGCAGGACCAGCUCUCAGAACUUCUAAGAGAGUUCCCCUAUGGCAUUGAGGCUGUGAACAUGCAUGAAUGCAGCGCACAGCAGCCGGGGACGGCCAGCACCUCCGAAGAGUGCGCUGCUGCUAAGACCGAUGGUGAUGCCAGGGAGUCCACAGAACAAAUACAGAUCACAGUGUUAAGCUCAGAGGAGAUGAAAGAACUGUUUUCUGAAGAGGAUGAGGAUCAGCCUGAUGAUGCAGUCAGGUUGGUAGAAACCCAGCCAGAGAAGUCUGUCCAGGAAGUCAAGAGCCCAUGUUCCCCGGAAGCUCCAGUGAAAGAACAGCACCGUUCUGUGGCCCUGGACACAGAGAAGGACAGUAUCCACUGCUGUGCACUGGGCUGGCUCUCCUUGGUCUAUGAGGGAGUACCCCAGUGUCAGUGCAAUUCCACCAAGGGCUCAGCUCCAAUAGGAGAAAAAGGCAAUGAGGAUGAGGAGUGUCGUCUUCUGGAGCCCACCACCCAUCCCCAGAGUGGAGGGGCCUCUGCUGCAGUGGCCCCCAUUGCUUCUCCGAAAAUGACCAGGACUUCUCUGGAAGAGAAAGACCCCUUUCCUGAAAUAAAAGGCAGCACUGUGGAAAGUACAUCCCAAAUGAAGCAGAGUCCCUGCCCGUGGCCAGCACCAAAACAGCCUGGUGAGUUUUCUCCGCAGCGUGACAGCAUCGAUCUAAAAAGUGGACCUCCAUCAAGGGAGGGCGGCUCGCUGAGCACAGAGCAGGCACUGCCUGAUCAGUGUUCGUCCAGAAAUAAGAAGAGCAGCCUCAAAGAUCAUUCUGGAAUGAAAGAGAAGAGUUCAUUGAGGACAGAGUGUGGGCUCACUGUGGGUCAGCUCCCACCUAAGCAUGAUCGCCCCCACAUGAAAGAUAGAUCCCAGUUAAAAGCCAGCUGUACCCCGAGGCCGAAGCAAGAAUUAUCUGGUCACUCUUCGCCCAAAGGUGACAGUGCCAAUACAAAAGACAGGUCCCAGUCCAAACAGAACAGCUCCUUCCGGACGAAGCAAGAACUACCUGCUCAGUGUUCACCGAAAUGGGACGGCAGCAAUAGCAAAGGCACAUCUCAGUCCAAACAGAGCGGCUCCCUGAAAAAGGAACACGCAUUAGCUGGUCACUGUUCUUCCAGACGGGACAGCAGCAGCCUGAAAGAUAAAACCCAAAUGAAGAAGGGCUCAUCAAGGACAGAGCGUGGCGUGGCUGCUCAGUGUUCACCUAAAUGUGAUGGCCCCAGUGUGAAGGACAGAUUGCAUCCCAAACAGAGCAGCUCCCUGAGGACACAGCCAGAAUUAGCCACUCCGAGUGCCCCUAAAUGUGACAACAGCCAAAAAGAGAGAUCUGAAACGAAAGAGAAGAAUUUAUUAAGAACAGAGCACAGCCCAGCUGCUCAGAGUUCACCUAAAUGUGAUGGCUCUAGUACAAAGGACAGAUCCCAGCCCAAACAGAGCAACUCUGUGAGGACGCAGCCACAAUUAGCCACUCCAGAUACCCCUGAGUGUGAUAAGAAACCAGAUUCCUUGAAUGAUAAGGAUAAAAAGGAACGGAAAUUGAAAUUCCACGUGGUGACUUUUAAGGCCAGAGAGUCAGAAAAAUCAUUUGGUGAAACAGCCCUUCAAGGAAGCCUGCAGAAGCGUUACAAACCAUUAGCACCGAAAGCCACAUUACAAACCAUUGGCACCAGCCAAGAACAGAGUACCUCGAGUGGUGUUUGCAUACGGUCACUAUCGCCAGAAAAGACAAAAUUGAAAUUCAAAGCAGGUGGCUCCAGAGUAAAAUAUUUGGAAAAAAGGAAGCUAGAUAUGGGGAAUAUUGUGGGUAUGGAGGUAAAGAAAAAGAGGUGUGAAGAGCAAGAGGAGAAUAAAAGCAGCCCAAGUGUACCCUCACCACGUGGCACUUCAUCAGGCCUGUGCGAGAGCGCCGCUGUUAAAGAACAGACAGCACCCACUCCUCCAUCCUCAGACUUGAAGGCUGGAUCAUUAAAACCUAAGCGAGUCAUAACAGCCAAGGAGUACUUAGAAAGACGGAAGCAGAAAGAAGCAUUGGCAAGUAAGGCUUCCAAGGAAAUCGGCGGGACAGGUGUGCCAACCGAGUCUGAGGCCACGGCAGCCAUCAAGCUUCCAGCGCAGGAAGGGAGCUGUGGGAAGGCAGGGGAGAAACGGGCUGGUGGCGGAUUGACUUCCAGUGAGCCCUUAAACCCUUCUGCAAGCCAUGCCAAAAACCUCAAAAGCUCCCAUUCUGAGGAGUCCAAGACACACACCAUUGCAAAGAGCAAUAAAGGAAAAGCUGAUGGAAAGCAGCCUGACAGAAUGGAGGUGGAUCAAGGCAAAUUAGACCAGUUGGCCAGUGCAAAUGACACCGAAGCCAGCUUGGCACCUUCCCAGGCGAAGGAUCAAAGAAAAUUGUACCUGAACAGGGUUGCCUUUAAAUGCACUGAACGGGAAAGCAUUUGUCUCUCCAAGCUAGACAGUGCACCCGGGAAGCUGAGUGAUAAGGAACAAAGUCCGCCUGAGAAGCCCAAAGUAGUUGUAUCCACAGACAAAGCACACCGGCUGGAAUUCAAGUUGUGUCCGGAAAUGCUGUUGAAGAAGGCAAGCCCCAGGGGAGAGGACAGGGAGCCACAGCCUCGUGUGAAGGAGCAGGCCCCUGUGCAAGUUUCAGGAAUAAAAAGUACAAAAGAAGACUGGAUAAAAUGCUCAGCUACGAAGAAAAGAAUGCAGGAAGCCAGCCAAGAAAUAGAUGUGAAUCCAAGACUUUCUAAAAGAAGCACCAGUGCACCUGGAUUUGAGCCACUGCAGAACUCUGGGAAAGACUCGAAAGUGACAUUUCAAACCUACAAGCAGAUGUACCUGGAGAAGAGGAGCAGGAGUCUGGGCAGUAGUCCUGUGAAAUGAGUACAGCAGGUGACCAGAGCGCCCUGCUGCAGAGCCUCGGUUGCCACAAUAAAGAUGUGUUGGUCAGA